UAUAAUGAUGUGCAUGUCAACAUCACUCAGGAAGAGUGGGCAUUGAUGGAUCCUUCACAGAAGAAUCUCUACAAAGAUGUGAUGGAGGAGACCUAUAUGAACCUCACAGCUAUAGGCUACAAUUGGGAUGAUCUUGAAGUUGAAGAACAUUGUCAAAGUUCUCAAAAACAUGAAAGAUAUCAAAUAACACAUCCGGGAGAGAAACCCUAUGAAUGUAAUCAAUGUGAUAAAACCUUUACAGAGCCCAGCCAUCUUAAAGUACAUAAAAGAACACAUACUGGAGAGAAACACUAUAAAUGUCAUCAGUGUGGUAAAGCCUUUGCACGACACAGUGCUCUUCAAUUGCAUGAAAGAACACAUACGGGAGAAAAACCCUAUGAAUGUAAACAAUGUGGUAAAGCUUUUGUACAGUCCAGUCAUCUUCAAGUACAUAAAAGAACACAUACUGGAGAGAAACCCUAUGAAUGUAAUCAAUGUGGUAAAGCCUUUACACAGCCCCACAAUCUUCAAGUACAUAAAAGAACACAUACUGGAGAGAAACCCUAUGAAUGUCAUCAGUGUGGGAAGGCUUUUGCUUGUCAUAGUGUUCUUCGAUUGCAUGAAAGAACACAUACUGGAGAGAAACCAUAUGAAUGUAAUCAGUGUGGUAAAACCUUUGCUCAAAACAAUACUCUUCAAAGGCAUGAAAGAACACAUACUGGAGAGAAACCCUACGAAUGUAAACAAUGUGGUAAAACCUUUGCACAGUCCAGUCAUCUUCAAGUACAUAAAAGAACACAUACUGGAGAGAAACCCUAUUAAUGUAAUCAGUGUGGUAAAGCCUAUGCUUGUCACAAUGCUCUUCAAUUGCAUAGAAGAACACAUACAGGAGAGAUGCCCUAUGAAUGUCAUCAGUGUGGUAAAGCCUUUGCUCAAAACAGUGUUCUUCAAAGGCAUGAAAGAAUACAUACUGGAGAG